GUCCUUUACAAAAUAGAAGCUAUCAUGAAAUCAUUUUGUCUUGCAUGGCAAGUAGUUACAAAAUGAAUGGAAAAACAUCAGUUUAGAUAAUAUUAUUGUCCCAUUUGUUAGUAGCAGAUUUCAAAUAUAAGCAAAAUUGCUGUCAAUCCUCAUCAUUUUGUGAGGACAAGCGAAACUGAAGGCAGUUUGGAGACAAAUAAAAUAAACAAAACAAAAAGAAAAAUUGAUGGGUGGAUAAGAGGUAUCACAUGAAACUAAAGAAAAGGGAACAAACCCCACAUUGCUAUUUGUUGAUUGAAACUUCUUGAAACCAAAAGAAAACAAAAGGAGAAAAAGUAGAAUAAUUCCUACAAAAUUGCCAUGGUCCUAAAAUAAGAAACCUGUCUUUCUCUAUAAGAAGGAAUUAAAAUCUAAUUUAAAUGGCAAUAUCCCAUCUUCCCAGUUUGAGAAGAAUUUUGAGAGCUUUUGAUAAGUCACUAUUUUCAUCUCAAUCCAUAUAAAGAAUUAGGGAUUAGGAACACAAAUAUUGUGGAGUAUAAGGAGCCCAUCAGCUGGAUAUUAUAUCAUAAUUUAUUUUGUGGACCGGUCCUAGUAAGUACUCCAAAAUGGUUGAAGGAGCCAUUGCGAAGCCCGACAAGACAGAGUUCACAGAAUGCUGGAAGAUGGCAUGUCGAACUCCUUAUAUCAUGCGGCUUGCACUCUCAGCCGGCAUUGGAGGAUUUCUGUUUGGUUAUGAUACAGGUGUUAUUUCUGGCGCCCUGCUUUACAUCCGGGACGACUUUGAAUCUGUUGCCAAAAGUACACGAUUACAGGAAGCAAUUGUGAGUAUGGCAGUCGCAGGAGCUAUAAUUGGAGCUGCAUUUGGUGGAUAUAUUAAUGAUAGGUUUGGAAGGAAAAUAUCAAUUAUGUUGGCUGAUGUUGUGUUCUUCUUUGGUGCACUUGUCAUGGCUGGGGCUCCUGCUCCUGGGAUUUUAAUUGUGGGAAGAAUUCUUGUUGGUCUGGGAGUUGGAAUGGCAUCCAUGACAUCUCCUCUUUACAUUUCGGAAGCAUCGCCUGCGAGAAUUCGAGGUGCUCUUGUCAGCACAAAUGGAUUGCUAAUUACUACUGGGCAAUUUCUGGCUUACCUGAUCAACCUCGCCUUCACCAGGACCAAUGGAACAUGGCGUUGGAUGCUUGGUGUGGCUGCCGUCCCGGCGGUUGUUCAGUUUUUUCUAAUGAUAUCAUUACCCGAGUCCCCCAGAUUUCUCUAUAGACAGAAUAAAGUGGACAAAGCAAGGGAAAUUUUGGAGAAAAUAUAUUCUUCUGAUGAGGUUGAUAAGGAGAUGAAGGCUUUAGCUGCAUCAGUUGAAGCUGAAAUGGCUGAUGAAGUUGCUAUUGGCGAGGACUUGAUAUCUAAACUGAGGGGUGCACUUCAAAACCCCGUAGUUCGUAGGGGACUCUAUGCAGGAAUCACUGUCCAAGUUGCACAACAGUUUGUGGGUAUUAACACCGUAAUGUACUAUGCUCCAACCAUAGUACAGUUUGCUGGAUUUGCUUCAAAUUCAGUGGCCCUGGCACUUUCUUUAAUUACUUCUGGCCUCAAUGCUGUAGGCACCAUCAUUAGUAUGGUUCUUGUUGACAGAUAUGGAAGGAGAAGGUUGAUGAUCGUUUCUAUGAUUGGGAUCAUUGGUUUCCUUGUUGCAUUGUCAGUCGUGUUCAUGCAAGCUUCUGUACAUGCUCCUAAAAUUAGUUCAAUCGAGUCUGCACAUUUUGGUGCCAAUUCUACUUGUCCAAAAUUUGGGGCAGCCCUUGAUCCAUCAAAAUGGAAUUGCAUGUCAUGCUUGAAGGCAGAUUGUGGAUUCUGUUCCAGUCCUUCGAGCACUUUUCUCCCUGGAGCAUGCUUGGAUUUAACUAAGGCCACAAGAGGUGCAUGCGGGGCAGAACAUCGAGUAUUCUUUGAGCAGGGUUGUCCGAGUAGAUUCGGAUUCUUUGCUGUCGUACUCCUUGCUCUGUACAUCAUUACUUAUGCACCUGGAAUGGGCACAGUACCAUGGAUUGUGAACUCAGAGAUAUACCCACUAAGGUACAGAGGCCUCGGCGGAGGGAUUGCUGCAGUAUCAAAUUGGUCUUCCAAUCUCUUAGUGAGUGACACAUUUUUAACUCUGACGGAGCAUCUCGGCGCUGGUGGCACAUUUCUCCUAUUUGCUGGAGUCUCUUGCAUUAGUCUCGUGUUCAUUUACUGGUUUGUGCCCGAAACCAAAGGUCUACAGUUUGAGGAGGUAGAAAGGAUCCUAGAGGAAGGUUAUAGACCUAACUUGUGCGGUUUGGGAACAAAAAAGAAAGGGCAAAAUGAUGUUGAUACAGUAUAGAACCAGAGCACUGUGUUUAAUAUUUUAGGAAUCCUAUUGCUCAAAGCAUGUUAGUAUUGCCUUCGCAGAUUUGUAUCCAUAUGGACUAUGGAUUAGGAUUUGUAAUAAAAUUUCUUGUUUGAAAACAUGAAUUUAUUCCUCUCUCAUCCCAA